ACUCAAACGAAAAAGAAAAAGCAUGAGUGGGGUGGAUUGAAUUGAACUUACUUUGACUUGUUCAUGCAUUUAUUAGUUGAACUUCCUAAGCUUAAGUUUCCGAUUCCAUCUUACCCUUCUACCACCGCCAUUCUAGUACCUUCAUGCACGCAUAUAAAUAACUACACAUAUUUUAUCAACAUUUGUGCACAUCUUGCAUUCUUCUCAAUUUCUUUUUUUUUUUUUUCCAGCACGACCAAAACACCUUUUUCUCAUACCGACUUUUGAAGAAGCAAGGAGGAAUAUAUUCACAGAAAUCAUGGUGGAGAUUCACGAAGAAAUCAACCCCUUCGAUGAAGAAGAAAAUGAAGAGGAAGAAAUCGACUACGACCAGCUUAAGAAGCGCAUGUGGAAGGAUCGGAUCCUGCUGCAGAAGCUAAAGGGAAAACGCCCCAAAGAAGAGCCAGACCAAGAAGCAAAACAAGAAGCAUCUAGGCGGAAGAAGAUGUCAAGAGCACAAGAUUCAAUCCUCAAGUACAUGGUGAAGAUAAUGGAAGUUUGCAAUGCUCAAGGUUUUGUGUAUGGAAUUGUCCCCGAGAAGGGUAAGCCAGUGACCGGUUCUUCUGACAGCUUGCGUGAGUGGUGGAAAGAAAAAGUCAAAUUUGAUCAGAAUGCUCCAACUGCCAUUGAGAAAUACAUGCCACUCCUUGAGACGAAUGAGUUGGAUCCGUCUUCCUAUAUACACCUCCUUAAUGACUUGCAAGACACUACUUUGAGUUCACUUCUUUCUGCUCUCAUGCAACAUUGCAUGCCACCCCAAAGAAGGUUCCCUCUUGAGAGAGGCUUGGCUCCACCUUGGUGGCCCACAGGGACAGAAAGUUGGUGGGGUCAACAAGGCCUUCUGGCCCAAGAACAUGGCCCACCUCCCUACAAGAAGCCCCAUGACCUCAAGAAGGCUUGGAAAGUCUCUCUCUUGGCUGCAGUCAUCAAACACAUGUCUCCUGAUGUGGACAAACUUAAAAGGUUGGUGACUCAGUCCAAGACUUUGCAAGAUAAGAUGACAGCCAAGGACACAGCAACUUGGUCCAAGGUUAUGAACCAAGAAGAAGCUUUGCUACAACUUACCAAUAAGUGCCUCAAGAUAUCUCCAUCUGAUGAAGAUGAGAGCGAGCGUGAAAGCUCUACUGGUACUUCACAUGAAGGGAGUUGUGUAGUUGAGUUGAAUGAUGGCCCCAAUUUAGGCGGCAGCAAUGAGAAAAGGAAGAGUGUGUUUGACUUAGAUGCCGCUUUUGAUAAGCUAUAUGCUUGUCAAUACUCUCAGUGUCCACAAAGUGAAUUGGAUAUGGGAUUUCCUGACAAAAACUCAAGGAUGAACCAUGAAUCCCUUUGUGCUUACCGCAAUAACCAAAGUCCUUUUCUCCUUCAUGAUCAUCCUAACAAUGAAACACAACUUCCAAGUGUGGACGAUUGGAUGAACAUGGUAGCAAGAGGUAAUCAGAAUGAGAACAACAUUGUUGGGUAUCUGAAUGAUCAGUUGAGAGAGAUUGCAGGAAAGACACCCGAAGAUUAUGGAGGCUUAUGGCUAAAUGCCCUUGAAGAUCUCGAGUUUCAAGCUGCACUGGAUCAGAUGGAAAUAGACUUGAAUCAUAAUCAUGAGCAAGAUACCCUACAAGGCCAAGAACUAACCUCAAUUUGGGACUUAACUUACAAAUAAGCUCCUCGCUUCUUCCUUUUGGAUCGUUCACUGCUAUAUAUGUUGGUACUAAUUAAUUAGAGAUCAAUGACUAAUUAAAUAUUAAUUAAUAAGGCACGGUCUCCUAAUGUA